AUGGAUGAAUAUCCGACCCAGAAAAUGACUUCAUCGGAAGCGCAAGCUUGGCUCGAAUCAGCCACAGGUGUCUCAGACAUCGCAUUGACAGGUACUUUCCCUGAAAGCUACUCCGCGCCAAAAGAUGUUGUGAAGGGCGAGUUCAUCCGUAUCAUCCCGGAUAGCGAUGGCGCAAUGAGAGCGUUCAGCGACCUUUGUCAAUUAAAGGCACAGGGAAGGCUUGAUCCCCACAACGCCAAAUUUAUCAUAGCAACCGGCAGCGACAGGUUUGAACGGCCUGGCAUUACUCAUGCCUAUGAAGCUGAGUCUGUUACCACGGGGCAUUUCACGAUUGGAUGGCAUGUUCUCUCAGUCUCCGGGCCCCGCAAAUGGAAGAUCGGUACUUCGCUCCAAGAGGUCGACAUACUACUAGCCUUCCCAGAGGCCCUCGGCAGUGACCGUAUCGCGCCGGUACAUGUCACGUUACGAUUGAACGAACAAUCUGGCGUGUGGAACUUGAAAGCCGGUGCCUCGAUGAAGGUAGAUAAAGAGCAGCUUCUACCCGAUGGAUCCAUUUGUCUCUCUCGUUACCGCACAAGAUUGUGGCUCAAUGGCUUGACUUACAUAGUGGAGUUCGUUGUCACGGAUGCAGAGCAAGAAAAACUGUACAUCGAAGAGAGAAAUCGAAUGUUCCCGGGAAAGUCGAUCUCAAGAUCGAAGUUCUCAGGACUCCCAUUCAAUUCCGACAUACGUUUGCCCUUUGCAGUCUUCCGAAGGGGACUGGGAUCAGGGACUUUUGGCUUCGUCUUUGAAGGGUUCGAGCCAAUUCGAGGUGAUCCCAGGGUCAUCAAAAGACUCCCCCUGGCCAAUCAGACAGAUGCCGACGAAGCCGCACAAGAAGUUCGCGCGCUCCAUACGUUGCGCGGAUGUACUGGCAUCGUCACAAUGCACGGAAUUGCUGAUAAUGAAGGAAGACCGGAAUUCCCAAAAGUCUUCCCUAGCGACCUAUACAUUGUGCAGCAACGAGGAAUACCCUUCAACGGAUGGCAAGAAGUUAUGGACGAAGGAGUCUGGGAUCGGCGAGCUAGGCACAUGCAUUCGCUACUAAUGGGCGUGUACGCCUUUCACGUUCGUGGCUGGAUGCACAGAGACAUCACUACAAACAACCUUCUCUACGCGGUAGAAAAGGGGGAAAUGCAGCCGUCUAAGGCCAUGCUAUGUGACUUUGGCAAAGUCGGCUUUACACGAACUGAUAUCAAGACACAUCUGGCAGCGUUCGAGCUCCUCCCUCCUGAGAUCAGGAGGCCCCCACAAGUCCAAGACAAGAGUUAUACGCACAAAAUAGAUAUUUGGAUGCUUGGUCUAGCCUUGAUUCAGCAUUGGUGGCCACAGGCAAGGAGCUUCCACCCUCGCGUCCAGGACCAAUGGAAUCAACUUAUCCUUCGGCUGAAAAAUGAGAAGGGAUCACCACUGGUGCAAUUCCUCGUCAAGAUGCUGCAGUGGAAACCAGAACUACGUCCCGAAGCUCGCGAUAUUUUGCGAGACACAGAUUUCAAACACCUCAUUCCUUUUGAAGUUUGGCGUAAGGGCGAGGAAGAGCGUGACGAGCUCUAUAAAAAGGCAUUGAAGGAAGAGGAGGAGAUGAAGAAAGCGGCUGGGAAAGCGCAGGGGGCGUGA